AAGAGGAGGAGUCCUAGGCGAGGCGUUUGCCUGCCUGUUGACCGGGGCUGGGCAUGCAACAGGCGGGAGUACAACCUGUUUAACACACCCCUGGGUUCGUGGGCUGCGCCUCUGGCCUCUUUCUCCCUUCAUUUUAGUGUGGAAGAAAGGGAAAAGGAGGCUCCGGAGGAAAGACUCCGGAUUCCGCAGGAGGUUUGCUCGCACGUUCGGUCUCCUGGGCGAAGCGACCCAGCGCCCAGAUCCGACGUGUCAGCAAAAACGCCUGGCCAUCGCUUUCGCAGCUGAGCAAGCUUACGUGAUUCCCGAUCGCCUCUCCAGCGCCAAGCAAUGCCCGCCGUCGAUAGACUUCGCCUAGAAGACGCUCUGCAAGAUAGUCCGCAGACCCGCUCCUUGCUGAGCGUAUUUGAAGAAGAUGCUGGAACACUCACAGAGUACACCAACCAGCUGCUUCAAGCAAUGCAGCGAAUCUAUGGGGCACAGAAUGAAAUGUGCCUAGCAACACAACAGCUUUCCAAGCAUCUUCUUGCAUAUGAAAAACAGAAUUUUGCCUUGGGGAAAGGAGAUGAAGAAAUGAUAUCUACACUUCAGUCCUUCUCAAAAAUUGUGGAUGAGCUUAAUGUUUUACACACUGAACUGGCAAAACAGCUUGCAAACACAAUGGUUCUUCCUAUCAUCCAGUUUCGUGAGAAAGAUCUUACAGUAAGCACUUUGAAGGAUCUCUUCAGUCUUGCAAGCAAUGAACAUGACAUCUCCAUGGCCAGAUACAGCAGGCUACCCAAAAAGAGAGAGAAUGGAAAGCUAAAGGCUGAAGUUGUCAAAGAGGUCGCCAGUGCCCGAAGGAAACAGCAUCUGUCAUCAUUACAAUAUUACUGUGCCUUGAAUGCUUUACAGUAUCGUAAAAGAAUUGCCAUGAUGGAGCCUAUGCUGGGGUAUGCACGUUCACAGAUUAAUUUUCUGAAGAAAGGAGCAGAGAUGUUUUCAAAAAAACUGGAUGGCUUCUUAACAUCGGUUACAAAUAUGGUGCAGAGCAUCCAAGAAGAAUCAGAUGCUGAAGUUGAAGCAAUGCGGGUAUCUCAGCAAGAUCUGCUUUCAGUUGGUGAAUCAGUAUAUACGCCCGAUUUUGAUGCUUCUCCUGUCAUCAACAAAAACCUUAUCCAGAAAGCAGGCUACCUUAACCUUAGAAACAAAACAGGCCUUGUGACAACCACAUGGGACAGGCUGUAUUUCUUCACUCAGGGUGGAAACUUGAUGUGUCAGCCCAGGGGUGCAGUAGCUGGUGGAUUGAUUCAAGAUUUGGACAACUGUUCUGUAAUGGCAAUUGAUUGUGAAGACCGACGUUACUGCUUUCAGAUCACGACUCCGACUGGAAAACCAGGCAUAACCCUCCAGGCAGAAAGCAAAAAGGAAUAUGAGGAGUGGAUAAGUGCAAUCAACAACAUUUCACGACAGAUCUAUCUGACUGACAACCCAGAAGCAGUUGCCAUUAGGUUAAAUCAGACAGCACUACAAGCUGUGACCCCAAUCAUGAGCUUUGAGAAGAAGCAAGCUAGUCACUCUUCCAGCCAGGAGGGGAAGAACAUGGAUAUUCUGAAUGACCAGACAGUCCCUGAGGAGUCUGCUGAUGCUCUCGUCCCCAACGAGUUAAUUGCACCUGGAACUCCCAUUCAGUUUGACAUUGUGCUUCCUGCAACAGAGUUCCUAGAUCAGCACAGGGGUGGAAGACGCACCAACCCUUUUGGAGAAUCUGAAGAUGGCGAGAAAGAGGAUGAAGCAGAGUCACUCCUGCAGCACAUGUUUGUGGUUCGGUUUUUGGGCUCUAUGGCUGUCAGAUCUGACCACACAGUGGAGGUGAUCUAUGAAGCAAUGCGACAGGUGUUGGCAGCUCGGGCCAUUCAUAACAUUUUCCGUACAACUGAAUCUCAUCUCUUGGUCACCAGCAAUGACCUGAAAUUGAUAGAUCCUCAAACACAAGUUACAAGAUCAAAUUUUGAACUAGCCAAUGUGACACAGUUUGCUGUUCACAAGGAAAACAAGAGGCUGUUUGGGUUUGUGGUUUGUGCCUCUGAAUUGCCAGGUGAAGAGGGCAUGAGUGCUUAUGUGUUUGAGAGUAACACCGAAGGUGAAAAGAUUUGCUAUGCAAUAAAUCUGGGGAAAGAAAUCAUUGAGGCUCGAAAGGAUCCAAAAGCUCUAGCUCAAUUAAUAUCAUCCAUGCCUCUGACUAAUGAUGGAAAAUUCAAGUUACUGAAUGACCAAUCAGAAGAAGACAAUGUUGUACAUGGAGAAGGACAGGAGUCAGAAGCAUAAUUUGUAAUUUCUCUCAGUGGAGAGAUGAUGGUGCCCAUAAGAGAGAAUGCCCUGUGCUCUCAGCUGUGGUCCAACAUAGAUGGGCUAGAAGAAACACCAAGAGAUGAGAACUUGAUCCAAAUUUUUGGUAUAGAAAACUGACAGUCUUUUUAAAAUUCUUCCUCAGUACCAAACCAUCUUGUUACUGAUGGGAGGACCACAAAGUCAUCACUGCUACCAGCAAAGAAUUAAUUCCUCAUGAACAUGCAUUCACAAAAUUUAUAAAUAAAUACACACCUAUUUCACAUAAUUCUAGCUAUAGUAGAGAGGAAGGAAUUGCACAGGGCACAAAGUUUCUGAAAAUCUGGAAUAAAAUACAGAGGCACUUCACAGACAAACUAAUAUUUUGCAUCUUAAUUGAAAUAAGUAGAAGAAUUGAAGUGUUUGGAAUAUAAUCUCAGUGAUAAAUACUUUAUUUGCUCCUAUUUGUAUACCUUUUUGAAAAGUAAUGGGAAAGCUAUUUUAAACUAGGCGAUUUAGAAAGAUAUUCAAUAAGAGUUUCUACUAAUAUUUAUUUUUAUACUUUUAUCUGAGUUAAGCUUUCAGAAUUAAGUGCCUAAUUUGUGAUAAUGUAAAACAAAAAACCCAAGUGAAUAGAAAAUAGAUGGACCAGAAAGCAAGUUAGAGCUAUUAUGAAUCUCAAUCAUUUAUCAAGGCUGAAAAAAAGAGUGGGUGGUUAUCACUGCUAUUCAAAUAAGACUGUUGGCUAACAUUUUUGCACUGUUUUGUAAGACAAGAUAACAACUUUCCUACUUUCGCAUGAAAGUUUAGAAAUUUGAUAAGAAGAUGGACUCCAUUCCUCAGACAAAACAAUUUCUUCAAACCUAGAUAUAAGCAGCACCAGAAGCACUUUCACACUACCCUGGGAAAAGCAGUUUCUUCAGAAAAAAUCAAGCUGGGCACAGCAGUGCUUAUACUAUCUUCUUUAAUUGACAUUCUUCCUCGUGGAGCCAGCACAAAUUUGGAUAUAUCUGCUUUGGCAGCUUUAGGUUUACUCUUUUAAAUUAAAAACACGCUGUAAAUAAAUUACAAUGAUAGCUGGAUCUUAUGAAAAAUUUUAUCUAACUUUAAUCGUUUAUAUGAUGUUUUAAUGUUAAAACAAGGUCCACAUCUCGUACCACAGCAGUUUCAGCAAUAAUGGCUAAAGUAAGAGCCUGAACAAUAGAUGAGAAAGCGGUUCAAUUAUGAAAAUUAUAGUACAGGACAUGUUAUGAUUUAAUAACAUCUUAAGAUUUUUAAACUAGAAGACUAGAAAAAUGCCAGUAGAGAUUCUGAAAGUGUAUUAUUGUACUGAAGUUUUCUGUAUUAAUGAUAUUCAAAUUGUUCUAAUUAGUACAAUAAAUAUAAGUAGAUCAAAUCAUUUAAGUGCAAUAAGCUUAUAUUAGCUGAAGCUGUUCCCAUGUUAAUAUUAACAUCCAAUCUAGUUGAUACGAACUACAUGCAGUGAAACAGAAAUAGAUCGUAUUUUGGCUGCUCUAGAGAUUGAAGCAGAAGGUGCCCUCUUAAUUUGCCUAGUCAUAUUACUCUGUAUUGUAUAGAUUCCAUACAGAGGUAUCUUAGUAGUGAUCAAACUAUAAAUAAAGAACUAUUAGAACGGACUGACAAUGAUUAUAUUCAAACAAGUAUACUUCACUUUUUAUCCAUUAGAAAGAAUGUGGGGCAUAUUUCUAAAUGAAUUUUAUUUCAAAACUUACUAUAGAAUAAAUUAUAUUUCAGUUAGCCAUAUGAAAUUGAUUAAAUCAAUUUUAGCAUUCUGUUUUAGCUGUAGAUUGAAGUAUCUACAUUGGUAAACCUGGUUCUCAUUAAAGAUACAGCAAAGAAGUCAAAACAUCCCAGGCUUGUGACCAUUAUAUACAAAUCCAUUUUUUUUCAAAGUUUCAUUUAUUAACAUUAUGUACAGAACAUCUAACAAAAAAGUAUUGAGGUAACAGGUUUUUUGUUUUGUUUCAUUUUGUUUUUGUAAAUGAAUUAGAAUAAGACAUGUUAUAGUUUUGUCUCUUUCAUUCCUGAGAAUGUGAACAUAGAUGGAAUAGGUCAGAGUAACUCAAUGACAACAGGAUCUCCCUUCAGUAACUUUGGCAAAAGCUCAAACAUACAAAUGUACAAAAUAUUCAUGGCAUUGCUGAGUCAAUCCCUAUCACUCCUGGUAGGCCUUGUGAUUUUAUUUUGGAAGACCAUGUAACAGCUAAGAGAACCUUUACUGGAAGUGACCUAGACAUUUGUGUUCAAUUACGUAUUUCACAGAAAAUAAAGAUUCCUUACAAAUAAAGAUUAAGAAUUUGAAAGA